AUGACGAAGGUGUACGGAACAGGGGCAUACGAUUUCAAGCGUCACCAUGUCGCCGAGUACCCAGUCGAGCAACCCCACCAGCCCAGCGAGAAGCUGGUUGAGGCCAAACCCGAUUCGGCGCCCCCGAGCUCUAUAACCUUGUCGGAGAUUCAGCGGGACCGCCUUACGAUGAUUGCCGUUGCUAAUUGGUCCAAAAUCGGCGACACCUCACAACCCAAACAACCCUUCGAACUAGCACUGCAGACAACAAACUAA